AUGUCUCGCAGAAUUAGAGGUGAUCGUAUUGCUGUAUGGGUUAGAGAUAAAGAUAAUGUUGGUGUAAUUAACGGCAUUGGUCUUAAACAAGAACUAGAAAAUGAAGAAAGGGCUAGACUAGAAGAACUUGCUAAAUCUGCAAAAAGACAAAGCAUGACCCUUGAUGACAGUAAAACUGAUACUACUGUAACAACUCCAGAUACAGUGGAUCCCAAUAAAGAAUGCAUCACCUGA